AUGUCACCAACAUCUGAUAUCGAUUUGUUUGCGCCCUUCGAACGGGACGUCAUACUCGAAGUUCGCACUAGCAGAAUGGAAAUGAUGCCGGGGCUCAAGGUUGAGACGGGUAUACACAAGAAGUUGCGAUCUGGCCGCAUUCCGGUUUCUUUCGUCGGGCUCCAACUCGAUGAACACGAUCUUGUCUUUCACGGUGGCCCGGAUAAGGCGAUUCACGGAUAUUGCUGUACUCACUAUGCAACAUGGAAAAAAGAAUUUCCUGAUGCUGCGACCCGUUUUGAACGUGGCGGUUUCGGCGAGAAUUUUGUAACGGAGCGCAUGAAUGAAAGAAAUGUGUGUAUUGGAGACAUAGUCAGUGUUGGUAACGACGGUGUCCUCCUCCAAGUCAGCCUGCCACGGCAGCCAUGUUUCAAGUUGAACCACCGCUUCCAAAUCAAAAACUUUGCGCCAAACACCUACAAGACCAGUCGUACUGGGUGGUAUUAUAGAGUGCUACGUGAAGGCACCGUACAGGCGGGCGACGAGAUCCGCCUUGUGGAACGUAGAUGGCCCAAGUGGACCAUCGAGCGCGUUCAAGAGUACCUCCACAGAACACAAGACAAUGCCGCAAUGAACGAGGAGCUCGCCGCCAUCACAGACAUGGGAGACGAAAGCAGAAAGGCGUUUGAACGACGCGUGGAAAAGCUCAAGGCAAAACAGAAGCGCGAAGCCGCCACUCUCAACGGCGAAAACAGGGAUAGGUGGCGCGACUUCCGCAUCGUCGAGAAGACGACUCAAACCCCGCGCAUCGCGUCUUUCGUCCUCGAGGCCGUGGACCCCGAUCCCAAAGCCGAAGAGAUGCCGCUUGGCGCGCACGCACGCCUUAGGCUACCGGACGGGCUCAUGCGCUCGUACUCCGUCGUCUCCGGGACCCCAGAUCGGUUUGAGCUAGGUAUCGCUCUGGAAGAGCCGAGUCGCGGCGGCUCGGCGUGGUUCCACACCAAGGCGGAGGAGGGCGAUAUCCUGCAAGUUGGCCGCGUGACGUCGGACGUGAAACCCGCGAGUGCAGCUAGCAACCACGUCUUCAUCGCCGGCGGGAUCGGUAUCACGGCGUUUCUCAGUCUCGUAGACAUGUACAAGAAAAUCCACUGGGAGACCACGCUACACUACGGCGUGCGCGAGGCCCCCGCCGACAUACCGUUCAAAUCGCGCAUCGACGCUCUCGGGGAUACGGUGAGGCUGUACGAUCGCAGCAAGGGACAGCGCAUGGACAUCCCCGCCAUCUUCGCGGCCCUGCCCUGGAACUCGCACGUCUACGUGUGCGGGCCGAGCCGCAUGCUCGGGGAAGCGGCGCGCGAGGCGAAGAAGCGCGGCCUCGGCGAGGACGAGGUCCAUCUCGAAGCGUUCGCCGCGGACACGGCGGGCGACCCGUUCGAGGUCGAGGUCAGCUGCGCGCGGGAGAAGAGCAUGACCACGCUGAGCGUGGGCGCGGAGGAGACGCUGUUGGAGGUGCUGAGGAAACGAUUCGGCGACGAGGAUGUAGCGAGCAGCUGCGAGGUGGGGAAUUGCGGCACGUGUAAGGUGGUGCUAAGGAGCGGGAGGGUUGAUCAUAGGGGUACGGGGCUGAUGGAGAGCGAGAGGGGGGAGGCGAUGUUGAGUUGUGUUAGUAGGGGGAUUGGGAAGAUUGCUAUUGAGAUUUGA